AGAAGAGAUAUCGGAGCCGCCAGUCAGGAGUCUCUUUAGUGUAUUUCGCUCCGUCGACUAAAUAAGCAGCUAUGGUGGUGGACGCUCCCAAGUUGCGCAUCCCGCUCGAGGACCUGGGCACCAACCCUCAGGUGUGGAAGCAGGUGCCGGGCUACAUCAUCAGGAACUGCAGUCCGGACCUCGUCGAAUCUGUCGUUUACCACAUGACCACCUAUUUUAUCAAUGAAGAACCUUUUUGCAGUAACAGUGAAGUAUCAAAAGACCCCGUUUCCAUGGAGGAAAUUUCCGAGUGGUGGAGAGAUUUGAUCAAACAGAACCUGACUCUGAUUGCCCUGCCAGAAAAAUCACAGGGCGCUGAUUGCAAGCCUAUCAGCGAGCCGCGAAUUCCCCUUGCUGGAGUCAACGUGCUGAUGCUGGGAGUAAAAGAUGAGCCAAAAGUUAAAAUCGAAGACCAAUUCACCGGGAAAAACAUCAUCAGAGCACUAGCGCCUUAUGCAAAAAUCUCAGCUCAGGUUGACUGUUUCAAAGAAUACGGAGUUGAUGUCUAUAUGGAUGCAGCUGGCUUAUCUGUGCACAAAGAGCAUCGCGGCCGGAAAUUGGGUGAGGCCCUGCUGAAGGCCCGCUUCCAGAUGUGCUGGACCCUGGGAAUCAAAGUGACGAAGACGGUUUUCACCUCCGUGGCGUCGCAAAUCACCGCCUUCCGUUGCAACAUGGAAAAAGUCAAGGAGAUCGAGUAUAAAGACAUCAAGGACGAAAAGACUGGAGAGCUCGCUUUCCCCAACGUGGACCCCCACAGGACGGUGCACGUGUGCAUCAGGGUGCUGCAGGACUCGCUGGGAAACCGCGCCUUCAGCGUCUCUGACAAUUCUGAUUAAGGAGUUUUAGCCUGUAUUAAGCUUUAUCGGAUGUUAAUUAAGUUUAGAAAUAAAACAAGCGACACGUAUUUUUUACAUAGAA